CCGUUUGGUUCUCUCUUUCACUGGCCAUCUCUCUCUCUCUCUCUCAAAACACUCUCCGGCAAGCUCUGAGAGGAGAAACAACAUUAAAUAGUAUUACAGAUUCAGUUUCUGGUCUCUAUCAGUUUCUGGUGGGAAGGUGGUCGAAGUUCACCGCCACCAUUUUCCUCCUCCCCCCCUUUUUUCCCGCAAAUCUUUCCCAGUAAUCCAGCUCCCACUCAAUUAGAUUACCUCAUAAUGUACAGAUAUUGAUAUAUAUGUAAUUGAGAGAGAGAGAGAGAGAGAGGGGGAGGGUAUAGUUUUGGCAUGAGAUGAGAUAAUUAGCUCAUUCAUUUUUCUUUGCUUCUUGUUUUCUAUUCCUCAAACCUUUUCUUUUCUUUUCAUUCCCUUUUCUUGCUUUUAAGAUCUGAUCUUUCUUUCUUGACAACCACAAGACUGUGUGUUUUUCUGAGAGUACAAAAACAGUUUCUGGGCUUUUAGUUCAAUUCCCGAGGUGAACUUUUUUGUCUUCCAACUGUUUGGCUUCCUUUUUUGUCUGGUUCAGUGGGCUUAAAAGUUACAAAAGAGAUAGCUUCAAAAAGUUUCCUAAUCUCUUCACUGAUUGAUGUAAAUAAGCUUGUCUCCAAACAGAUCUGACCAACAAGUUUCACUUGGAUUUGGAUAGGUUUCAUGCCUCAAGCAAAAGCAAACUUGAGUAGUUCCAUCAGCUCAUCCAGUUUUUAAUUGCACUUGGGAGAGUAUGAAUACUUUUUCGCAUGUCCCUCCAGGCUUUAGAUUCCAUCCCACGGAUGAAGAACUUGUCGAUUACUACCUUAGAAAAAAAGUUGCUUCAAGAAGAAUUGAUCUAGACGUCAUUAAAGAAGUUGAUCUUUACAAAAUUGAGCCAUGGGAUCUUCAAGAACUUUGCAAGAUUGGCACUGAGGAACAGAGUGACUGGUAUUUCUUCAGCCAUAAAGACAAGAAAUAUCCAACUGGAACUCGCACCAAUAGAGCUACGAAAGCGGGAUUUUGGAAGGCUACAGGAAGAGACAAGGCGAUAUAUGCUAAGCAUAGCUUGGUUGGCAUGAGAAAGACCUUGGUGUUUUAUAAAGGUAGAGCACCAAAUGGACAAAAGUCAGACUGGAUCAUGCAUGAGUAUAGGCUAGAAACAAAUGAAAUUGGGACUUCUCAGGAAGAAGGAUGGGUUGUCUGUAGGGUCUUCAAGAAGCGAAUGGCCACAACUCGCAAAAUGGGUGAGCAUGAGUCACCUUGUUGGUAUGAUGAUCAAGUCUCAUUCAUGCCUGAUUUUGAAUCACCAAGGCAGAUAUCUCAGUCUUAUACUUCAUACCAUCACCAUUAUUCCUUCAAGCAAGAGCAUGAAUUGCAGUACAACAAUAUGCCUCAUGACCCCUUCCUCCAGCUUCCUCAUUUAGAAAGUCCAAAAAUUUCGCAGCCUACUGUCACUGAAAGCUGCAACUCAGUGGUGCCGUAUGGUCUCAAUAGGAACAAUGGAAGCUCUUUGCAGUUAUCAACACCCGCACAAGAAGAACCAUUGCAGCAAAGCAAUCAGCAAAAUAUGAACUUAUUUUACAGUAACAAUGAGCAAGCAGCAGUGGAUCAAUUGACCGAUUGGCGAGUACUUGAUAAAUUUGUUGCGUCUCAACUCAGCCACGAAGAUUCGUCUAAGGAUCAUAAUUACUCAAACAAAGCUUCAUUUCAAGUGGGUGGAGUUGAACACAUGAACAUGCUAGUCAAUGAUUCCAAGAGCCAAGAUGUCGUUUCAGAUUUUGCGUCAGUAUCCACCUCUACUUGCCCAAUUGAUCUGUGGUAAUAAAGCAUACUUUAGCAGUACUAUCUAGAAAAUAUAUAUAUAUAUAUGACAGAAGGGGUAUUGAUACAGGUUGCUGUACAUAAUGAAACAAAAAUGGUAUUGUUUUAGGUGAUGGAUUUGUGCUACCCCAUGUGCUGAGAAAUACUAGGGAGCUACUUAAACCAAGAUGCCUAUAUGCCUAUAUAUUACAAACAAACAACUGUAUUUAGUUGUUAUGUAUGGCCAGGUGCCACUGGACUGAGUGUUGGAUGUAUUUUUCCUUUCUACAGUUUAUUAUAAUAUUUAAGAGUAUAUUGAAGAA